AUGAAUGGCACUAACAUUGAGAGUGAUAGUGAGACUGACAGUGAUGGAUUUGUUGAUGAUGUUGUUUCCAUUGUUGUUACAACAACACCCAUUCCAGAAAAUACUACUGAAGAGCUUGUCUUCACUGACCCAGCACAAUCACUAUGUAGCACAUUUGGAAGCCUCCUUGGAUGGGGUGGAGACGAUUGCAGUGUCCGCUGUGUAAGUGGUGAAUUCAUUGAUGGAGUCUGUACUUGUACUGAUGGAUACUGGGGUGAAGAAUGUGACAAACUUUGCUACUCAGAUGACAAUGGUCCCUGUGGAGCUGGUAAAUGUAACACAACUACUGGUUUAUGUAUUGUGCCAAUAUCAUACGAUACAUCUAGUAAUGGAACAAGCUGUAAUGAAGGCUGGUAUGGAGCAGAUUGCAGUGUUGCUAAAUCUCAAGUUACUGGUAAGAAUUCAUCUGCUAUUGCAUCUGUUUAUAGUUAUGCUCAUUACACAACGUUUGAUGGUGCAUCAUUCACAAUGGAUACAAGAGGUGAAUUUAAGCUGUUUGAGACUGAGCAUCUCCAUAUUUUUGUGAGGCAAGUCCCAUGUGGAACUGAUGAAAAUUCAUGUGUAAACCAGGUCUGGGUGAAAACUUUAGAUGGAGAUGACCUUACUGUUAGAGCUCCAUUUGAAGAAGGACUUGAACCUGUCUUAUUUGAUGAGGAUGGUAGCUCUAUUAAUAUUGGUGUAAGAAAGGACCUUGGUUCAGAUGUAUGGGUGGAACAAGUUACUCCAACCAUGUUUUCUGUUGCUGAUUCUUCUGAUACUGAAAUUCUUAUCAGAAACAGAGGUCGGUUCUUAGAUUUGCAAAUUACUGUUGACACAAGCCAAUGUGGAACAUCCAUGAAUGGUGUAUUAGGAACAUGUGACGGCAACAUGGAUAAUGACUUUAAAACAGCUGACGACACAACUAUAAGCUUUGAUGACAUCAGCUAUAUUGGACUUGGUGAUGUAGCUGCAUAUCACUCCAUACCUGCUGAAGAGGAAACAGGCUUUGUGUAUUCUUAUGACAGUCCCGAGGGAACUUAUUAUGAGGAACCAAGGGAUUAUCAGGGAGCUGGACAUUGUUUGGUAUUCAACAACACAAGAGUGGAAUCAAAUCCUUUGACAACAAUUGUUGAUGAAUCUUCAGAUAUUACAAUUGAGUUCAAGUUUAAGGCAGGUGAUGCAAAUGAUGCAGCUGGCACAAUGGUUGCUUAUACCACAGACAAUACAUUUGAAGUGAUAUACAAUUCAACAGUUCAGAUUCUAGUUGAUGGUGUGUUACAUGACACUAAUUAUGAACCUACACCUGAUGCCUGGGAACAUAUAACUCUUGGGUACGAGCGUGACACUGGUCUUCUUAUUGUCUAUGUUCUUGAUGAAGCCAAAAAUAUCAAUGUUGAAAGGCUUGAUAUUGGAACUGGUCAUUUUGACACUGGUGGAAUCAUGUCCCUUGGAGGCUUGGUAGCCCAAGAGGGUCAAUCAAGUGAUGAUGUUCCACCUCCAACCUUCAUAGGAAGAAUUGAUGAACUGAGAGUAUGGGAUACCACACUUGAUGUGUACACAGUUCUUCAGAACUUUGAUGCAGAUAUUGACACUGGAUACCCCAACCUUGUUGGAUCCUUUGGAUUUGAUGAAGGAUAUGGAGACACAAUUACUGAUACAGUUGCUGGUGAGUUAUUCAUUAUUCCAACAUAUGACGGACCAAAAUGGCAACUAUCAGAUGCUGAGCAAGAAACAACAACCAACACUAAGGCACUGACUGAUUUAGAUAUUGCUGAGGCUAUUGGUGAAGAUGCUGUAGCAUUGUGCAGGAAUAUUGUACUGAAUAGUACAUUGACAGAAGUAUGUGGAGAACUUGGUGCUGCAACUGCUCAAUCAUACUAUGUCUCUUGUCUUGAGGACUUGUAUUACACAGGAGAUUCAUCAAAUAUUGUAUUCUCUGUUGCUAGUUUCACAGCAUACUGUCAGGAAACUUCUGAACCAGAAGAGCUUGAUCAAGAAACAUUGUGUGCCAAUAAUACACUACUGACUAAUGAUGCGAUGUGUACUGAAAAGAUGAACUGUCGCUUUGGUGAAGUAGACAGUGAAGACAAUUGCAUUUGUUUCUCAGGUUUCUGGGGAGAGGACUGUGGUAGUGAAUGCCCUGGAGGCAUUGAUAACAUAUGUAAUGGACUGGGAACAUGUAACAUGACAGAUGGUACCUGUAAAUGUGAGCCUAAAUUUAGUGAUGAAAGCAAUUGUGUAGAAUGUGCUGAAGGCUGGAAGGGUUCAAGUUGUAACCAGUUUGACAUAAAGGUCACUGUCCCAGAAGAGACAAUAAAAAUGUGUCCUCUGGGUACAGCUGGAAUUGACUGCUCCCUAGAAGUACCAAUAGUACCUGUCACCUCUGUUAAUGGCACAUCUACAGCUACGAUCAAUGGUGAUGGAUCAUACACAACCUAUGAUGGUGUCACAUAUCAUGUAAGUGUAAAUGGAGAGUUCACUUUUGUUAAUACUACAAACACAAGUGUAACUGUCAGACAAACACCUGCAGAUAAUGGCGAUAGUGUUGUUAACCAAGUGUGGGUAUCUACUGGUGAUUCAGAUAUUGUUAUAAAAGCUCCUGUGGACAACACAAGUGAUCCUAUAAUUGAGCAUACAGUCCCGGGAGAUGACACAGCUUAUCCUGGUCUACCUGAUGAUGGCUCUGUUAUGGUUGUAGAUAACACUACAUUCAUUAUUAACACUACAUCUGGUGAUGUUAUUGAAGUAACAGUAGAUCCAAAUUCAGAAUCUCUCACUGUUGAAGUAAUUGUUGACACAGAAACAUGUGCUUAUGGUAGCAUGGGAAUGGCUGGCUCUUGUGAUGGUGACCUUGACAAUGAGUUAUCAACUACUGAUCCAACAACAGGAGAAGAGAACUAUAUACCUUUGGAUGAAAUCACAAGUGAUAUCAUUGAUGAUGUUAUAGAUGAUCACAAGCUAACGCCAGAAGAUGACUCACAAUUCAUCUACACAUAUGAAAACAAUGGCACUGUUUAUGAGGAACCAAGAACAAUUGCUGACAGCUGUCCUGAAGGUUUUAUUGGUGCAGAUUGUAGUGUAGCAAUGGGACCAAGUGGAACCAAUGAUACACAUGGAACAGGAUCAAUUAAGAAUGGCACAUUUACCAAUUUUGAAGGUGUUCAGUUUAACAUAUCCACCAAAACAGAACUGAUGUUUGUGAAUACAGACACUGUUACUGUUUAUGUUAGAACUGUACCCUGUGGUGAUGGCAAUGCUUGUGUUACACAAGCAUGGUUGGAUACAGAAACUGAAGAUGUUGCUAUAUAUAUUCCUUAUGGGGAUAACAGCAACUUGCUUAUUGCUGAUGUUGACAUCACUGGCACAACUAGUGCAUCAACACCAACAACUGGUACCACACUUGACAUGGGUGUUGGUGACAUCAUUGAUAUAGGUACCCUAGAGAACCCCAUUUUCAUCAAAAUGGUUACCAAGAGUGAAUACAUCAUGACAGAUUCAUCAGGAACUCAGAUUACUUUUGAAAACAAUGAUGGACAGAUGGAUAUUGUUGCAACAGUUGAAACAUCAACCUGCCUUGGCACAAACAUUGGUCUACUAGGUCAAUGUGAUGGCAACCUCAACAAUGAUUUCCAGACUGGUAACAACAGUUAUGUGCCUGUAGAGGUAAUAACCUCUGAUGGUAUUGACUCUGUUAUUGACAAUCUCACACCUAAUGAUACAGAUACAACUGGUUUUGUUUAUGUUUAUGAGGCUGCUGAUGGUACAAUUAUAGAGGAACCUGAAGAAUUCCCAGAAGAAUGCCCUGAUGGUUUCACUGGAGCAGACUGCACUCGACAGACAGUUUCAGAUACAGGAGCAACUGCUACACAUUCUGUUGCUCAUCUAUCAGAUGGUGCCAAGAUGACAAACUAUGAUGGUGCGACAUUUGACAUCUCCAGUGGUGGUGAAUACUCACUUGUUGAGUCUGACAUUGUUGAUGUGAAUAUCAGAACUGUGCCUUGUGGUGAUUCUGUUUGUGCCAAUCAAGUUUGGUUUGAAGAAGAGUUCAGUGACAUUGUGUUACAUGCUCCAUAUUCACCAGCUGGUGGCAUAAUUGUGUUUGAUGCAGAUGGCAAUCAAGUAGGCAUUUCAGGUGAAACUGUUGUUGGUUCUAAUAUGAACAUAACUCGUGUUUCAACAGAUGAAUACCAUAUUGUGGAUUCUGGAGAUCAAACAGUUGUAGUGAAAUUAGGUGGUAAUAGACAUCUAGACAUCACAGUUGUAACUCCUAAUGCUGCUUGUGCAACAUCAACUGGAACACUUGUUGGCAGUUGUGAUGGUAAUCUGAACAAUGAUCUUGUCAAUUCAGAAGGUGUAAUAGUACCAUAUAGUCUUGCUUCAGAUGAGCAGAUAGAUGGUGCUGUGCAAACAACAUAUAUUGAUCCAAAUGCGGAAAGCAAUUUUGUAUACACUUAUGAAACACCAAAUGGUGAUGUAUAUGAAGAGCCCAAAGAGUUCACUGAAUCAUGUAUUUGUGGAUUCUAUGCUGAUCCUUGCUGUGUGAAUAUUGUUGACACUACCACUAAUGAUACCCAUGCCCAAACAUCUAUUGUAAAUGGUACUUUCACCACUUAUGAUGGAGUGCAGUAUGAUAUCGACGUCCGUGGAGAGUAUCAGUUCUACAACAGCACAAACUCAAGUGUUUACAUCAGAAUGACACCUUGUGGACAGGAAGCGUGUGUGACACAGAUUCAGGUAGGAACAACUGAUUCUGAUAUUGUUAUUCAUGCUCCAUAUACAAAUGGGUCUGAAGCAGUUGUUUUCUACAAUGGUACAACUCUUGAUCUUGAGACAAAUGAAACCGUAUCUAUUAGCUCCAGCACAACCAUUAAACAAACAGAUGACAAUGAGUUUGUUAUUGUAAAUGAAGAUGAUGGAACUGAAACAACCGUUAAUGUCAAUGGAGAUGGUAACUUGGAUGUUACAAUUGAAUCACCGAAAGACUCAUGUUCAUCUGAUGUAACAGGAAUGUCUGGAUCAUGUGAUGGUGACAUUAAUAAUGAAAUCCCAACUGGUGAUGGAGACUAUGUUGAUCCAACAACAAUAACUUCAGAUGAUCUUACUAACAUGUUUAAUGCAAACAAUGAGGGUUCAUCUGGAUCUAGUGAUGAAACAUCUGGAUCUGGAAGUGGAUCUUCUGGAUCUGGAAGUGGAUCUUCUGGUUCUGGAAGUGGAUCAGGUAGCAACACUAAUUUUGUAUAUGAGUACACAGAUGAAAAUGGCACAACAUACAGUGAACCAGAAACCCUUGCACCUAGCUGUCCUGUAGGAUUCUAUGGUGCUGAUUGUAGCAUUGCAUUGGCAGAUACUACUACCAAUACUGGAGAUAAUUCAACAGCUGGAGUGAACCCAGAUGGAUCAGUCACUACAUUUGAUGGUGUUACCUACAAUACAAGUACCCCUGGAGAGUUUGCACUUGUGAACACUACAGAUUUGGAUGUUAAUGUUUGGCAAACACCUUGUGGUGAUGAAGUAUGUACAACAGGAACAACAAUUAACACUGGUGAUGGUGGAAUAACUAUUAAUACUGGUGAUUCAGGAUCUGGUAGUUCUGAAGUUGUUGACAGUGAUGGAAAUGAAGUAGAUUUGACAACAGGUGACACAAAGACAGUUGGUGAUUUGACUGUCUCACAAGAUGCUGAUAACUCAUACACAGUAACUGAUGAUUUGGGUAAUUCUGUUACAAUCACUGGAACUGGUGCUGAAGAUGGCAAUGGUAAUGAAGUUGACGUUUCACCUGGACAGACCAAAACUGUAGGGUAA